AUGUUUUUUACAGAUGUGCGAUUUAUAAGUAAAUUAGCAAAAAGCAAAAUUUCUAAGAGGAGGAGUUGGAUUAAACGGAAUAAAAAAUGGAUGCUGCCAAAGGUUGAAAAAUCGUAUCUAAAACAGGAGCAGGAUUUUGCAGUGCCGCACAAAACACUACCACAAAAUACACAACCUGACGAAAGGAAAAGAGAAGCAGAGAGCACUAAAUUUGCAGACGGAACAAGGGACGAUUUUCAUGGAACAAGAAAACAGAAAGUAACAGAUGAUUACAUGAACAUGUUAAGAGAGAUAAAAAGAAAUGAAAAAAAAAAAUUAAAACCCCAUGAAUAUAAAAAGUUGCUGAAAGAGAAGGAAAGUAAUAAAAAACACAGCCCAAAUGAUGACAAGAUACAUUUAAAGAAUUUACUACACAGUAACAAUGGGAAGGGUAUACGUUUGGAUAUACAAGAUUUUGAGGAUGAAGAAAAGAAAAAAAAAAAACAUGAAAUGAACACAUUUUGGUAUAUGCCCAAUCCUUUUGAAAAGAAAGGAGUGUAUGGGAUGAAAGAAAAUUCGUUUUAUAAAUCAUUUAUCCGAGACAGAGAAAGACAGCUAGACAAGGUUGAUGAGAAAAAAUUAAAUGAAAAUGAGAAAAAAUUACUGAAUGAAAUACGCAAAAAAAGGUACAAUGUUAAUAGUGGAUUAAUUGAAAAAAAUAUGGCAACAUUGGAACAAGAUGAAAAAAAGGAAAAAAAAAUUCGUAUUAAUCCAAAAAAAUAUUGGUUCCACGAAAAAUAUAUCUCUCCAGAUAUAUCUACCUUGAGCACUGUGAGAGCAAGAGAAUUGAGAUUUUUAAUGAUGAAUGAAGCAAAAUUAGUUAGAAAAGGGAAACAUGUUGAUGUUGAAUUAUGGCUAGCUUUUAUGCACCGAGUAAUAAAUUUGUCUAGCAAAGUACAUGUAAGGAGCCUUCUACGAUAUUUACAAACUAUUGCAUCUGUUAAGGUGAACAAUAAAAGAAUGAUUAAUGAUAUAAUGUGUGAAAUUUUUAAAAGAGAAGAUCAUAUGAAACCGAAGCAUUAUGUAUAUCUUUUUCAAGGAUGUUCGAGACUAAAAUGGAAUGAUUUUAAAUUAAUCUAUGCGUUAAAGAAUAUGACUUUAUGUUGGUCCAUUCUGAGAAAUAAUUUUUUAAUAAAAUCGGCAAAUUCCAUUUCGAAAUUGGGAUUAGCAAAUAAUGUUUACAGCAAAGCUUUACAAAUUACUCUAAAUGAGAGGUUACAAAAUUUUACUGGAAAAAACUUGAAGGCAAUUAAGGCAAUCACUUUUUUAGAACUUUUUACUGAAGAAAUGAUCUUUAAAUUUAUUUCUCUCGCCACAUUUUAUAAAGAAUAUUUCAAUUAUUACACUCGACACUUGCAGGUUUUGCAUUUGUACAUAAUGCUCUUCUGUCCAUCCAUAUGGGAUAGACUCACCAAAGAACAGAGGACGUUUCUGCAGAGAUAUUCACGAGGGGCCAAUUGGAAGGAAAUUAACAAAGAGAACCGCAAGAGACACCCCCGAGAGUGGUUCACCUGUGAUGGUGAAGCGGAUGAUGAUGAUGAAACGGAUGAUGAUGAUGAAACGGAUGAUGAUGGUGAAGCAAAUGAUGAUGGCGAAGCAGAUGAUGAUGGCGAAGCAGAUGAUGGUGGCGAAGCAGAUGAUGAUGGCGAAGCAGAUGAUGAUGGAGAAGCGGAUGCUGAUGGAGAAGUGGAUGCUGAUGGAGAAGUGGAUGAUGGUGAAGCGGAUCACGCACGACAUUCAAAUGAUUCGCAAAUGGGUGGAUCUGACACCAAUCAGUCUAGCCAUAUUCCUAAAAAUACUGAUGACAGACAAAAGGUCAUAGUAGGGGAUAAGAUAUGCGGGGGAUACACAAGUAUGUUACAUAAAGAUAUUAGUGACAUAUUGAGGAUGCUAAAAAUUGAACAUUUAAAUUCGGUUAAGUGUGGCCCAUUUAUAGUGGAUAUAUAUGACCCGCGAUCAAAUUAUAUUAUUGAAUUAAAUGCCCAUUUCCAGUAUUAUUUAAACUCGGAAAAUUUAACAGCGUUAUCAAAAUGGAGACAUAAAUUUUUGUCUCACAUGGGUUAUAAAGUAAUUCACAUUUCACAUAAACUGUGGAACAGUUUACACAGUGAUAAACAAAAAAUAGAUUAUAUAUCGAAUGUUUUACCAAGAGUAAUGUUUGUCCAUUCUCCUGUUUAUUCUAAGGCUUAA